AUGUCCAAGAAUGGGCAUCCGACGGUUUAUCUGUUCGUUAACAAGGACAGAGCUUCUGUGUCUCUGUCCAGAUGCCAUGGCAAAGACGCCUCGGCUAUCCUAAGCCAUGUACAAUCAUGCCGCAACCAGAAGAACAAGCAGUUGCACAUGUUCAGAGUCGAAGACACCACGGAGCUCACCUCAGGACCUCCAUCCCCUCGAAAGCAAUCCAUCAGCCACAAACAUCGUUCGCCGAGAUCAACACCGCCUCUGCGAAGUGAGACACCAUCAAAACCCAAGACCCGUGUAUCAUCGGUAGGGCCCGAGUUUACAGUUGGGCCAGGGAGCCCAUUUCCAUCGGCCAACUCUCCGGGGAAGUCGCCCGAGGUCGAAGAACUGUUACAGUAUUUCAACUCUCUAUGUCUUAACCCCGAGCCACGCUCACUGGGCCAAUCACAAGGCCGAGAUCUCUUCCAUCAGCUUGUCUCCUGUGAAGAUUUCUCGAGCUUCUCGACACGGACAGUCGGUGGAAUCCACGGAUUUGCCAUGCUUGCUUGUACAGCUGCUAGGAUGGGGGCAGAUAUACCCACUCGACGCGAGGAAUUCGAAAUCAAGGCGACCAAGUACAUGCAACCGUCUCUCCAAAGACUCCGGGAGCAGCUCGGCGACCCAGCUCUGAGAACGUUGACGGACCGACAAAUUCUGCAGGAAAUGCUGCUCCACUGUGUGACAAAUUGGUAUCUUCAGGACUAUACGGCUGCACAAACGCAUCUCAAGGCCAUCAAUUGUUUUACCGGCUGUCUCGAUGUCUCCGACAGUUCAGACCGCAAAUUGAUGGAUCUCAUCAAUCGGUGCCGUCUCUUUAUCGCGAACAGCAUACGCGCUGAGCAGACCUCACGUCUCAAUUUGGGUCAGAGGACAGAGUCCUUUGCCGCGCGUGGUUUAUGCCGGGUGGUCUAG